CAGAACACACCCCCAUCAUCCACCCUCUCACCUGUUCCUCUCCAUUCUCUCACGGACUGCUUGCGAGUUACAUGUUCUCGACACGCACCUCCAGCUUUGUCCCACCAUUGAGAAGAUUGUUUGCCUCUCCCUCACACCACCACCUCCACCACCACCAACACUCCUUCGUCACCACCUUCACCACUACAAUCACCACCACCACCACCACCACCACCACCAGAAGAAGCAUGGCUACACAAUUCAAGCUCAAGGGCUUGACCAGCAUCGACCUGAAGAAUGGUCAGACACAGGAAGUCGAAGUGGAAGGCGUGCAGGCGAGCGAGGACAAGCUGGCCACGGUGCUGUUGGCAAAGGUCAAGGACGAAGUGCACGCCCUCUCCCCCAAGUGUACCCAUUACGGUGCUCCUCUGGCCAAGGGUGUCUUGACGGCUGAUGGCCGUCUGACGUGUCCGUGGCAUGGUGCGUGUUUCAACGUGAAGACGGGUGACAUUGAAGAUGCUCCCGCCCCAGACCCACUGCACAAGUUUGAGAUUGUGCAACAGGAUGGCGCCGUCUACAUCAAGGGUAAUGAGGCCGACAUCAAGUCCGCGAGGAGAACGGCCAACAUCAAAUGCAAGGCUCAAGGCCCAGACAAGGUGGUGAUUGUCGGGCGAGGAAGCGGUGCGAUGGGUGCCAUUGAAGAGCUGAGAUCUGGUGGCUACAAGGGUCAUAUCACAUCUAUUUCAAACGAGGACCAUCCGCCAAUUGACCGGACCAAACUUUCCAAGGCUCUGAUGGACACUGCAGACAAGGUGCAGUGGCGAUCACCGGAAUUCUACAAGGAGGGAGACGUCGAAUUCGUUCAGGACACCGUCACUUCGAUCGACUUCAAGAACAAACAGGUCAAGGGAAACAACAGCACGACGGAAUACACCAAGCUCAUCCUUGCAUCUGGUGGUACCCCCAACCAGCUCCCUCUGCCGGGUUUGAAGGGAGACUUGAAGAAUGUCUUUUUGCUGCGCACCCUCAAAGACGUGCAGGGCAUUCUCGGCGCCGCAGGCCAGGAUGGCGGCAAGAAGGUUGUGGUGAUCGGCAGUUCAUUCAUUGGCAUGGAGGUCGGGAACGCACUUGCGGGCAAGAAGCACCAUGUGUCUAUUGUCGGCAUGGAGAGCGAGCCGACGGAGGCGGUCUUCGGAUCCAAAGUCGGCAAUAUCUUCCGCAAGCUGCUGGAAAAGAACGGGGUCAAAUUCUACAUGAAUGCUCAAGUCGAGAAGGGAACAGAGUCGAGCUCGAAGAGUGGCUCCAUCGGGAGUGUUCAGCUCAAGGAUGGCACCACAUUAGAAGCCGAUCUGGUCAUUGAGGGUGUCGGCGUGAAGCCAUCCACAAAAUAUCUCCAGGAUGGCGACAUCAAGCUCGAAAAGGACGGCUCCGUGGCUGUCGACUCCAGCUUCGCGGUGAAAGGCCUCAAGGAUGUGUGGGCCAUUGGCGACAUUGCAACCUACCCGUACAACGGACCUGGUGGCGAUGGCAAACCUGUGCGAAUUGAGCACUGGAACGUGGCGCAAAACAUGGGUCGCAGCGUGGCCAACUCCAUCAACAACCCUGGUGCGAAGCCCAAGCCAUUCAUCCCCGUGUUCUGGUCUGCUCUCGGUGCGCAACUAAGGUACUGCGGGCACACUGCAAAUGGUUACGAUGAUGUGAUUGUGCAGGGCAACACCGAUGUGAGCGAGGGAAAGCAAAGCUUCGUGGCCUACUACACCAAGGGUGAGAACGUUGUUGCCGUGGCUAGCAUGAUGAAGGAUCCAUACAUGACACAAAGUGGGGAGUUGAUGCGAAGAGGCAAAAUGCCGAGCAAGAGCGAGAUCACCAAGGGCGUCGACAUUAUGGAAAUCAGUGUGCCGGCCGAGGUGAAGAUGUAACGAGGUUAGAUGAUACUAUGAAGUGAUGCACGAAUAACAACCAGAUCGAACUUGAAUCAGCCAGCAACAAUCUUGCCAGCUAUAUUAACACGCAGAGAGGAUGAUGGUCCGUUGGAUAAGAAAUAAAACACAUCCGGAAAUUACACCUUAUUUGCAUGUGGUCAUUUACUUUGAUGACUCAGGAUCGGAG